AUGGCGAUGACGAUGACUGGCCGUGUGCUGCUGCUGUGUGCCCUCUGCGUGCUGUGGUGCGGUGCCUGGUUGUGUGAUGCGACGCAGACUUCAUCGAGUGCUCCGCAUCGUGACAAUGCGGAGGAAACGAUGACUCCAGAGGAGGUGACCAAGGCCAUCGAAAAGCUCACAGAGGAAGUGCUGGAGUCGAUUCGAUUAUCUUGUCGAAUGUCUUUCAUUACGAGUGUAAAUGCCACGUUACCCGCGCACGACGAUACAGAAGUUGAGAAAUGCGUAAACAAAACGGCGGUUGAGAUUUCCGGCGUCACCUCUCGUGGCCGGCCUGCAGCCGCAACCACAGACGCCAAUUUGGCCUCGCCAUUGCCGUCGUCAAGUUCUGCUGCCAGCGCCUUGCAGGGUCAGGCGCAAGGAUCACCAGGUGCUGCACCAGAGUCUGUGAAACCCCCGCAGACAGAUCCGGUCAAUAAUGAACAGCUGUCUGAAGUGCCGGCCUCCACAGACGGUGGUGCUGGUGGCGGUGGUGAGUUGGCUGACAGGAGCAGCCGUACACCGACCGACGUCGCAAGAACACAUGAAGCACGCCCAGCUGUUAACGCCACUUCCAUACCGACGGCCACUCAGGGGGAUUCCGAGAAGUCACCGGCUAACACCACCCGAACACGUGAGACAAACGAGACUGGUGACACCGACGGCAGCACCGCGGUCCUCCACACCACCUCCCCUCUUUUGCUUCUUCUUCUUGUUGCGUGUGCGGCUGCGGCUGCGGUGGUGGCCGCGUGA